GGGAAUUCCUUUGCGCAUUUAAUUUACGCAUAUAAGACAUUUGGAAUUUAAUAAAUGUUCAAAUCAACGUUAAUCCAUUCAGUGUUUGUUUGAAUUCAGUUAAACUAAAUAAUUAAAGUUAUUUUAAAAAUGUUUCGCUCCACAUACAAUAGGGAGCAAAGUGUGGCGAGUGAACAAAGACACAAGGAGUAUUCAUGUUAUGACAAGUUGCUGUCAAUUUUUCACAAAAGGACAGAGAAUAAUGAAGAUGCAAAUGAUCACGAUGUGAGCCCGGGACCAGGCAUUGACGAUCGGGAAAGAAUUCCAGCAGCUCACAAUGUAGAAGAUAGUGAUAUAGCAAACCCGGAAGAAUCAGAUAUUCUGAUCACCGAUGGAAUUCGGAAUCUAUACCUUGGUGCAAGGCUUGAAACGCACACGAAUCCUGAGCAACAUGUAUUAUUGAAAUGUCAGCACAUUCUUAAGCUCUCAGGAGAUACCAGAGUAGCGAAGCAAAUGAAAAUAAAAAAUGGAGAUGAAUUGUUAAUACUGAACGGAAUCUUUGUUCCCGUAUUGACAAAUCGAGAGGUGCUGGAAUUGUUUCUUAGUACAAGCGUGGACAGACAGUCGACGAACAAACUGGUUGUACGUAGAAGGAAAAGGGAUAAUAAAUGGAAAUGGUAUGAGCUGUCUUCCAUUCUGUCUCCUUUGACACAAAAAGAUAUUGGUGUCAAUGUAACAAAACAAAAAUGUAACAAAGUGAAAGAGCUCAAAAGAGAAUUGCCCGAGAGCUCGCACGUUUAUAAAAUUCCUGGAUCCCAACUUUAUCUGGUAAUUGACGACACAGGACUAAGAACAGAGACAUUGUCAGGUGAAGACAGUGACAGAACAAAGGUAAUUCAAAAGAGAAUGAUUAUGUGCGAGCAUGGUGACGGCGAGAUUCAUUUUGAGGUUGCGCUCAGGGAUAAGGCAAUGUCAAGGUACAUAUCUAUCAACACAGGAAAUGAGGAGAUCUUCUUAACUGGAGAUCCUCAAUGGCUCCAGAUGAGCAAAAUUGGUAAUGGAACACAUUUUAUGACAGAAGGUUUCUAUCUUGGUUAUGAUCAUCAAGAAGAUAGAGUAAAGCCGCAGAGGUCCAAAUAUAUGUUCGAAGAAUAUCCUCCACCGGAACAUCUAAAUUAAUGGAACCGAAUGUCAAAAACGGAUGUUAUUUUGUUAUAAAGAUCUCAAUUUUGAUAACCUUGCAUCUGAUUGUUUGUUUAUAUGUAUAUACUGUUCAUUUGCUACUUUACUAUUUGUAUUACAUGUUUUUUGAUGUUUUGCCAGUAAAUGGAAAUAUUAUAAUUAUACAUUACAACCUGACCAUGAUAAUGUUGUUUCGUACAUUUGUAGUAUGAUCACAAGUAUCAUUUUCCAUGAUAUCAAUAAAUAUUUCAAUUUCAUCACGUUUAAUACAUAUGUAAUGCUGCACAUAGUGUAGUCUUUUGCAUGGUAUCGGUGCAUAUUUGAUUCAUCACUUGUUUAUGCUUUAUGUAGUGUUACAAAUAGUAGUCUUUGCAUGAUGUUGAUACAUAUUUUGAUUUGCUUUCAUCACGUUUUGUUAAUAUGUAGUGUUUUGUAUGAUAUUGAUCAACAUUUGAUUCAUCACGUUUUAUAUAUGUGUGGUAAUACUAAAAGUCAAGUCUUUGCUUGUUGUCGCUACAUCAUUGUACAUAUUUGAUCUAUCUUUAUCACAUUUUACACAUGAUUCAUCUUUAUCACGUUUUGUACAUAUUAAAUGUUACAAUAAGUAUAAAUUUUGCAUGAUAUUGAUAAAUAUUUGAUUCAUCUUUAUUAUGUUUUGUACAUGUGCAAUAAAUUUGCCUUCAUAACGUUUUGUACAUAAUAUAAUGCGUUACGACUGACAUAUUUUUCGCAUGAACAGGUUGCUAUAAAAUGUUGAAGAAAUCAUGUUUGUAUAAAAAUUAAACAUAUAUGCUCAA